GACUGUCGGUGCAGUCAAACUUGCUAGUGCCACUUCCGAGUGCGGAGGUAGAGCUUCGACUCUGAUGUUUACACCAGUAUUACCAUGCCAGUUUCUCUUUAAAACCCAGCUAAGUUUGCACAACUGAAAACUACAUCUACAGGUGCUAAAAUGGAGUAGAAAUGCAGGUUUUCAGCUGUACCUCGCCGCAGAGAAUGCGAAUCACUCCCGCCAGAAGGCAGUAACAUACAGGCGGAACACACCUGGAAACACCUGGAUAGGAGUAAAGAUGUCUGGUGGGAACUUUUUGAGCAAGGUGCGGUCCGCCUUCAGGAGGGAGCGGGACGACUGGGACCUGAGCGACACGGCGCCCUUCGACUUCUCCGACGAGCUGGUGGAGGAUGAGACGCCCAAGUUCAACAAGCUGAAGGUCGUGGUCUCCGGAGAGAUGUCGGACUACUCUGCCGGGGCUCCGUCCAACGGGGUGGCCGUGAACACGCUGGUGGUGGCGGAUGAUGACGAUUCCCUGCUCGAGUCCUCCUCCAGCCUGGGCAGCCCGGGAUUAAACAUGGACCCCUGUGACAACUGCAACAAGAAGAGGGAGAAGAUCAAGCACAAGAAGGUGAUGAGGAGGCUGGUUAUGGCAGCUGUGCUGUAUUUCCUUUUCAUGACGGGUGAAAUUAUUGGUGGUUACUUGUCAAACAGCUUAGCUAUUAUGACUGACGCUGUGCACAUGCUAGCUGAUGUGGUGGGCAUUUUGUUUUCUCUGCUGGCUCUCUGGCUUUCCACCAAACCGCCCACCAAGAGAUUCACCUUCGGACUGCAUCGCCUCGAGGUUGUAUCGGCAGUCCUCAGCGUGUUGCUCAUCUACAUUCUGACAGCCGUUCUGGUCUAUGAGGCGGUGCAGAGGACGGUACACCAAGACUUCAACAUAGAUGGAGACGUCAUGCUUAUCACUGCAGCUGUGGGAGUGGCUGUCAACCUGAUAAUGGGUUUCCUGUUAAACCAAGGUGGUCACCUCCACGGUCAUGGCCACAGCCACGGUCAUGGCCACUCUCACGGCUCUGCAGCUGCCUCACAUUCACAUUCAGGUGGAUCUGGACAGCAGCAGAAGCAACACGGCAGCCUGGCUGUAAGAGCUGCCUUCAUCCACGCUUUGGGAGACCUUCUUCAGAGUGUCGGGGUGCUCAUAGCAGCUUAUGUUGUCCGCUUCAAGCCAGAGUUUAAACUGGCAGAUCCCAUCUGUACCUACAUCUUCUCCAUUCUGGUUCUUUGCACCACAUUCCGCAUCCUAAGAGACACUAUAGUCAUCGUGUUGGAGGGUGUUCCCAGGCAUCUGGACACUCGGCGAAUCAGAGAGGAUCUCCUGAAGCUGGAGGAUGUCCAAUCCGUCGACGAGCUUAAUGUGUGGGCGCUGACAGGUGACAAGACUGCAGCACUGGUCCAUCUCCAGCUCACGCCCUCUAGUGCCAACAACUGGGAGGACGUCCAGGCGAAGGCUCGCCACCUGCUGCUCCACACCUACGGUCUCAGCAGGUGCACAGUGCAGGUCCAGACACACAGACAGAGGCUGGUACGCAGUUGUGCUAACUGCCAGCAGCCCAGCGCCUAAAGAGAGAGACUCUUCACACCUACAUUGACUUCCACAGUGCAUCUCAUAGAGCCAAACGGCAGACGACACAGUACAGAGAGGGCCUGGAUGUCGCACCGCUGUUGCAGCUCAGUGCCACAGCAGGAGCAGCAGUAUACGGUGAUACGUGGAAAGAGACUGGUGCCAAAGGACAGUCAGUGGAACAACAGCAGAUGCAAAUUUCUAAUUAAAGGAUGACUACAGCCUCCAGGGACCUUGUGCUCUUCCCCUCAGAUUGGACUUUGAAUGUUAAAGUCUCAGCCGAGAAGAAUGAAAAAUAUCUUGCUCUUAAUUCACCAUUAAAGCCUAUCCCAACAGGUAACUUUUUUGUAUUUCACUGUUGAUUUAUCACGACUGAUGUUUUGUCAUCAGAUGUUAAAUUUAACUUUUUGUUAUACUAGGUGUGAGGACUGUGUCCUAUUUGUUAUUUUUCUGAGGAUGUCAGCAAAUGAAAACAGUACCUCAUGUCAUUUGACAGCAACUGUGGUCACAGUGCAUUUAAGCUGUAUUCCUCACCACUGGAAUUAGUGAGGCAACACACCUUUAUCUUUGUUUCUCUUUAGACGUUAAAGCUCGUCUCCUACACUUAAAUCAUUAACAUUCUUCAGCCAAAGUCUGUUGGUAGUAGGGCUGCCCCUGGAUAAAGACCUUUUAGUAGUUGUUAGGUCAAACUAUUUGUCAACUAUUCGCUGCAUGUCUAUGCUAAUACUUUAAUCAGUUAAAGAAUUACAUGUUUAGGGCACAAACAAAGCAAGUGGCCUGUUAGUGACAGUGUUAACAACAAGAGCGGUAACAUAACGAUGCUGAAUGUCCAGACAGGAGACUGAACAUUGUGUUAAUUUAUUCAACACUGUACAACAUUAGACAUUGUUCAAAUACGAGAUAAAUAUGGGAUAAAUGACCUCCAAUUUUACAAAAACAAACACUCAGAGUUUUUGACACACUGGAGGAUGUAAACUUACAAAUUAACUCCAAAGCCCCUUCCCACCUUUCCUGUCCCCACCUGAACCUGUUUUAUUUGUCCUGGUCAGUGCUGAUGUACCGUUAAAGGUGCAAUAUGUAAGAAUGCUGUUAACUGGAGAUGCUGUAAGCCAGAUAACGCAGUUAUCUGUGCAGCUUACAGUCCAGACUGGGAGCUCAGGAAUUGUUGGUCAUAAGCUCAGGUGCUUAGAUGGCCUUAAGUUAACAGGUUAGCAUGCUGAUUUCAAGUAGAUAUCUCUGCAAUACCACAGAUGUCAUACAUGUCAAAUCUGUUAUUUAUUUACAUUUGAUUGAAUAUUAAUCAGUGUUUGAAUUGUUUCAACUAACAUUCUCAGAUACACUGCACCUUUAAUCACUCCAAUGGAAGCCACUUUCCCUGUUAAUAAAAUACUCGUCUCCAUCGGUCUCGACCCCUAUUGGUCCCACAGUUCUCAUGGUUAGCUCCAUGGUUAACUGAGCUACAGUUAGUGAGGUCUGGGUUGCAUUUGUUCUCUACUUUCUUUGCGGUGCUUAUAAGAGGACUCAGCUCCUGACUGGAGCGUGAGGAUCUUUUCUGCGAGCUAAGACUCUGCACACCAUCGGUGUAUUUGACUCUUAGGGGGGCAGCCGUGUAAGGCAGAUUUUCAAUAAAGGCAGAUUAGAUACUGACACUUUUAACACUCACUGUAUUCUAGCAUGUCUCUUAAUUGUUGCGAGCAAGCAACUGACAAUCAAAGUGUGACUGACUUUGAAUAAGACUUCCGUAAUGGUUUCAGCCUUAUACUCUAUACUCAGCUUUCUUCAUAUCAUUAACCGACAGUAUCGUAAUGCAGACGGGUUUGGGUCUUGUUCAGUAUUUUCAGACUUGCAGUGUGUUUCUGGGAGGGAGACGUGAGUUAAAAUUUGCCAAUAAUGGUGUUAAUCGUGUUUUCUCUGUCAAGUGUUAAGAGGCGUUGUGGAGGCUUAUGGUAAAUCUUCCACGUCUCUGAUCUUAAUCAUCAAGAGAAAUCAGGAACUGGAUCACUGUUUUUGUUUAUAAUAAACUAUUUAAUCUUU